AUGAAUAAUAUACAUAAACGACUUCCACUUCAUUAUACCAAUCAGGAAAUCAACUUAUCAAAAUUUCCAUGUACUAAUAAUGAAUUUGUAGCAAAUAAUUCAAACCAAUCACUUGAAUCUCAUGUUACAAUAGUACCACCAGAGAUGACUGUAGAAUGCUUUCAAGAAAAUAAUAAAGAUGUAAAAGGGCAUGGAACAUCAAGAAUUGGAUCUCGUUUAGAUCUAGAAUAUUAUAUAAAAAAAGAAAUUCUUACUAUGUAA